AUGUUAACUAAAAUUAUAAUAAUUAUUGCAAUACUAUUAAUUGGAAAUGGAAAAUCAUUGCAAUUACAUGAUCCUGUAAUUCAUACUUCAUUACAACAGCAACAACAACAACGGCUAUAUGGAAAACAAUAUCAAAUAUGGGAAAAUGAUUAUAAAUGGUUGGAAGAAUGGUUGGAAAAUGUUCCCAUCGAUCAUUUCUCAUUUCAUAAUAAUCAAACUUUUCCUUUACGUUAUUUAAUAAAUACCAAAAAUUUUAUUCCUAAUGGACCAAUUUUUUUUUACACUGGUAAUGAAGGAAAUAUUGAAUCAUUUGCCCGAAAUACAGGUUUGAUGUGGGAUUUAGCGCCCGAAUUUAAUGCAGCCAUCGUAUUUGCUGAACAUCGAUUUUAUGGGAAAUCACAACCGUUCGGCAAUGAAAGUUACUCAACAAUUGAGAAUCUCGGUUAUUUAUCAUCCGAACAGGCAUUAGCUGAUUUUGCUCUUCUCAUACGCUAUCUAAAAAAUAAACGUCUUUUCACCGCUCAAAAUUCAUCUGUGAUAGCAUUUGGUGGCUCAUAUGGUGGAAUGCUUGCUGCAUGGAUGCGUAUCAAAUAUCCGCACUUAGUGGAAGGAUCGAUAGCAGCAAGUGCUCCGGUUUUUUGGUUUACGGAUAUGUCUAAGAUUGUCCCGGAAGAUGCAUAUAAUCAUAUUGUUAAGCGAUCAUUUGUGAAUUCUGGUUGCAAUGAGAAAAAUAUACUUAAUGGAUGGAGCGCACUUGAAAAUUUAUCCCUAACAGUAUCUGGUCGAGCUUAUUUAAAUAGCUUAUUUCGUUUGGACAAAAAGUCAUACCUGAAUAAUAGUGAUGAUUGGUUAAUGCUUAGAGAGUAUCUCGAAAAUAUAUUUGAAUCAAUGGCUAUGGUUAAUUAUCCAUAUCCGAGUAAUUUCUUAGCUGAACUACCUGGAUGGCCUGUUAAAGUUGCAUGCCAAUUCUUCAAUAGCAGCAAAAGCACUAACGAAGAAUAUGCGGAAAGUAUGUUUGGAAUAAUGAAUCUUUAUUAUAAUUACACAGGUAAACGGGAAACAUUUUGUAUAAAGCCAGAAGUGUGUAACGAUUCCGCCUAUGAAGCACUUGGUGAUACAUUUGGUUGGACAUGGCAGUCCUGUACUGAAAUGAUAAUGCAGCAAUGUUCCAGCGGCCCACCUAACGAUUUCUUUAUUAAGAAUUGUCCAUUUACCCUUGAAGGUCAAGAAUCAUACUGUAUCAAUGUUUUUGGAAAAAUUGGAUAUACAAAAUCUUUAAUGCGACCACAUUGGAGUAUUUUAAAUUAUGGUGAUCGAUAUCCAACCGCUACAAAUAUCGUAUUCAGUAACGGAUAUUUGGAUCCAUGGUCUGCUGGCGGUUGGUCAUUGAAAUCACAAGUAACGGGUUCAUUGAUUAGCAUUAUCAUUAAGGAUGGAGCGCAUCAUUACGAUCUACGUGGUAAACAUGAAUUGGAUACGAAUUCGGUUAAAGAAGCAAGACGAUUGGAAAAAUUACAUAUCAAACGUUGGUUGAAACAAGCAAAAUUGAAAUACUCGAAAAAUUAA